UUAUACCUAAAUCAGAAAUAAACUUCCAGACUUCUUUAGACGAGGCAAAAGUAGCAUUCUUCUCGGCAAUAGGUCCAUUUAUAUAGUUCUUGGUACUCUCUCGUUUUUGUUCUAAAAAUCUAUAACACUGUUGGUUUAAAACAUCAACAAACUCUGCUUCAAAGUCUUGAUCCUGAUACCAUGCUCCACCGGUUACUGAUCUGUCCGGCUCCAAAUUGUACAGCAUAAAUACUUUUUUUUUACUCGCAGCAACAGACUUGACUGCCUUAAUGAUUUUUUUUGUUUCGAGACUCUUGAGGAUUUUGUUCAGUUGAGUUGGCAUCAAAUUGGAUUUGAAUCUUAUAUCUCUGGUCCAAAUUCCUUUGUUGCCAGCUUCUUCUAUAAUGGUAUACACAAUUCUCUCCUCAUUGUCAGCUCCUUUUGCUGUUCUAGCCUUGGUUGGAUCUUUUAAUUUGUACAACAAUGUUUCACCCUGCUUGAAAAGGUCAAAAUAACCCUGUGUUAAGAGCUUAUUGAGGGAUUGUGCUUUCUGAAUUGGUGUCAGGUCUGGCAUUUCCGUAGAAAUGUCUUUAUCAGAUAUACCCUUAGGUUUCCCUUGUGCAAGGUUAAUUAUCCUGCAAUACGAUUCAAGAGUUAACAAAUAAUUUAGUAGAUAUUUUAUCAUCACUUGAUAAUAAAAAUAAGUACAUACUUUUGGGAUAUGGCAUCAUGCUGUUCAGGAUUGUUGGCUUGUUCCGAAUUUGUAUCCAUUGUCACGAUUUAAUGAAAUACAUCUGAUUCAACUAUUCAUAAUAUCAAGUAAUUGAACUGGACUCCUACAAUCCAAAUAACCCAAUACUUGAUUAUUCUACAGCCUUUUUUUUCUUGUUUGCCUUUCUAGCGAACCUAACCUAUAGAUAAUCACGUUGACCAUCAGCGUGCUGACGGCUGACGGGCAGGGGCAGCAUAUAAUGAGCAUCGGCAUUACUGAUCGGCAUGCAGUAACACCUAGUCACCUAGCGCGGCAAUCGCGUUUCGAAUCGAAGUAUCGAACGAAAAGAAGAUGGCGGGCAUGAUCAGCGAAUGACUUUGUGAUUUCUACGGCUUGUCAAAACUUUUAAGUAAUGGGUCAGAAUCAGUCAGGCCCAGGAGGCGCUGGCGGGGACAAAAAGGAUGAUAAAGACAAGAAGAAGAAAUACGAGCCACCAGUUCCUACAAGAGUUGGAAAGAAGAAGCGUCGCACAAAAGGUCCUGAUGCAGCUCUAAAACUACCUCAAGUUACACCUCACACAAGAUGCAGACUGAAACUUUUAAAACUUGAACGCAUCAAGGACUACCUUCUGAUGGAAGAGGAAUUCAUUAGGAAUCAAGAGCGCCUGAAGCCACAGGAAGAGAAAAAUGAAGAAGAAAGGUCCAAGGUAGAUGACUUGAGAGGAACCCCAAUGUCUGUAGGAACAUUGGAAGAAAUCAUUGAUGAUAAUCAUGCCAUUGUUUCCACCUCUGUUGGUUCAGAACAUUACGUUUCUAUUCUCUCCUUUGUUGAUAAAGAUCAACUUGAACCAGGAUGUUCAGUACUGCUGAAUCAUAAAGUUCAUGCCGUAGUCGGAGUAUUAGGAGAUGAUACUGAUCCAAUGGUCACUGUCAUGAAGCUAGAAAAGGCUCCACAAGAAACUUAUGCUGAUAUAGGAGGUCUUGAUGUCCAAAUUCAAGAAAUCAAAGAAUCAGUUGAGCUUCCAAUGACUCACCCAGAGUAUUAUGAAGAGAUGGGUAUAAAACCACCCAAAGGAGUUAUUUUAUAUGGUCCUCCUGGUACUGGCAAAACUCUAUUAGCAAAAGCAGUGGCUAAUCAAACAUCUGCAACUUUCCUCAGAGUUGUUGGUUCAGAACUCAUUCAGAAAUACUUAGGAGAUGGACCAAAACUUGUUAGAGAACUUUUCAGAGUUGCUGAAGAGCAUGCCCCGUCUAUUGUCUUUAUUGACGAAAUUGAUGCUGUUGGAACUAAGCGGUAUGACAGCAACAGUGGAGGAGAAAGGGAAAUUCAGAGAACUAUGCUUGAACUUCUGAAUCAACUCGAUGGUUUUGAUAGCAGAGGUGAUGUUAAAGUAGUCAUGGCUACAAAUAGAAUUGAAACCUUGGAUCCUGCACUGAUCAGACCUGGCAGGAUUGAUAGAAAAAUUGAGUUCCCAUUACCAGAUGAGAAGACUAAAAAGAGGAUCUUUAGUAUACAUACUAGUAGAAUGACUUUGGCGCCUGAUGUUAAUCUUACUGAACUGAUCAUGGCUAAAGAUGAUUUAUCUGGUGCAGAUAUUAAGGCAAUAUGUACUGAGGCUGGUCUAAUGGCACUGAGAGAGCGUCGUAUGAAAGUCACCAGUGAAGACUUCAAAAAGUCAAAGGAGAGUGUGUUAUAUAGAAAAAAAGAAGGUUCUCCGGAAGGUUUAUAUUUAUAAAAAUUCAUAUUUGUAUUUUAUAUUCGCCAAUAAUUUUUUUGCAAUUAUUAUUGAAAAUAUACUCGAAAUAAAACGUGAUUGAAAUUCUUUUAUAAAAUUGUUACAUCAGUCAUUUAUUAACAUUUCGAUAACCGAGAUUGUACAUCUGUAUAAUUAACAACAAACAAAGCAAUCGUUUUCUUUUUCUAAUUUUAUUGAACAAUGCUUAAUAAAGUAAAAAAGCUGUAAAAAUCAA